GGCAGUGAGGGGGCAGAUUCCUCGACCUGGGAAACGCAAUUCAUGGCACCGUGAUGUAUAUAAUUUCGGUUUUUUAAUUGACUGGAGUCAACAAACAUUUGGGAAAACAUUGCAGUUAUCAUUUUCAAGAUUGUUUCUACAUUUUGGCUACAAUGGAAAGCAAUAGUUUGCAAGAAGUGAAGGAUGUACAGCAGACUGUUGAGGUGUAUGAACAGCAACUUCAUGAGCUUCAAAUUCAACUCACUACUUCACGUAUGAUGGAGAAGGAACUCUCUGCUGACUUGGAGGCUAUGCAGAAGAAGUACGACAAAGCUCAGGCGGCGGUUGCAUUCCGAGUGAAAGAUCUGGAGGAAAAAUAUUCACAUUCUGUAAAGGAGCUGUCAGACAAGAUUGACUUGUUGGAGAAGGAUAAAAGAUAUGAAGAGGGUGCUCAUAAGACACAAAUUUUGGAAAUGGCAUGUAAAGUGAAGAUGCUGGAGAAACAGUUAAAAGGAGUUCCUGACUCAUGCAAUAAUGAUGUGCUGAAAGAACUGCAGCUGGAAAAUGCAAUAUUACAAGAGAAAGAGUCAGAAAUCCAUGUGGAAUAUCAGCAGCUACAAGACAAGAAUAUUGCACUCACAAGUGAAAUGGCAGAAUUAACUAGUAAUUUGAAUGAAGCCAAUGGACGUUUAGCAGCAAAACAGGAGGAUUUGACAUCUUGUAUGAAUUGCCUUAAGAGUGCUCAAGAGGAUCUUGCAGUAAUGAGAAAUGAGCUGGAGAUCAUCAAGUCUGAUCCAAAAACUUGUGGACAAAAGGGUAACUCAUUGUUUGCUGAAGUUGAGGAUAAAAGGCUGAGAAUGAAAAAGAACCUUGAUGCUGCUGUUCAGAAGUAUCGUCAUUUGAAGAAACUGUACAUGGAUAAAUGUGCUGAAGAAAAUAGGUUCAGUGCAGAAUUAAUGUUCUUGAGGCAAAAGUGGGACCAAAUGCAGUUAGAAACCCAAGAACAGGAAAAACAACUGAUUGCGUCAUACAGAACCCGCAUAAAGGAUCUGGAGGAACUGGUGCAGAAAUUGAAAGGGCAGAAAUCACCAUAUGUCAUCAGCAAUGCAGAUAAUGCUACAUUGAAGUUUGUUGAAGCAUAUAUUGAAUCCAGUCGGAAAGAAUGUAAAAAGCUAAAAGAAGAACUGGAGGCAAAGUCUGUCUGUGCACUGUUCAGCAGUGAGACCUUGUUCAAUACACAGCAAGAACUCCGUAGGAAGGAGGUGGAACUAGUACAUGCCAAAGUACAGGUUAUGGAGCUGCAGAUACAGCUGAAGGAGAAGAAAGAAAAACUGGAAGAUUAAAUGCAGCAAUGGUCAUCUGUGAGUUCCAGUUCUCUUAUUGUGGCAAAAAUAAGUUAUUUCUGUAGUGUGCUUUGUAUGUAGUUUAUAACAAUGAAUUUGUUGCUCAGUAAGUGUAAAUAAAUGAAGCUGUAUAGUUUAUACCUUGGAAUCUUCAAAUCUAGGUAUGUGAUUUUCAGGAUCAAGUUUUUUGGUCAUUUAAAAUACUUUUAAGUUGUGAUUUUCAUGUUUACACAAAAUAUACCAUUAUUUGUGAAGACAUUUUAAAGUUGUAACAUGUGUGUUUAGACUCUCAUAGAACAUUUUUAUCUAAAAAAAAUCAUAAUAUAUGUAAAUGUUUUAAAUUAAGAUUCAGUAUUAUAUUCAAUUUAGUGUAAUUUUAGUAUAAGAUAUGAAAGUAAUUUUUGUAAGAAAGAGGCUGAUAUUAAACCAUGUAGAGGUGCAUCAAG